AUGAGAGCAAGAAGUAGAAGCAAGCUUCUCUGCAAUCAAAUGCUUCAAAACAUCCCAUCUUUCAACUCCAAUAAUGCGAAAAUCAAAAGGGUCAGUUCUCUUUUCGCUCACUUCUCCAUUGAAUUUCGAUUCCUUACAACUUCUCUAACUGACCCUUCAGUAAAACCCCACACAGAUUUAUCUCUUAUUAACUUUAAUGGUAUUGCACACUCUGUCAUAACUAAAUAUUCUCAUUUCUUUGAUAAAAAUGAACCCAAAAGAGACAACUUUUUUAAUGAUGCUUCUUUUAAAACCCUGCUUUUAGAUAUCUCUGAUGUAAUACCUGACCUUACUCGUCGUUUUUUGAGGGGUUUGAGGUUGAAACCAGAAGAUGUGCUUGAAAUAUUAAUGGGUUUUCAAUUUGAGUGUGAAAGAGUUGCAGUUAAGGGUACAAAGGUUGAGUCUUUAUGGGAGAUUUUCAAGUGUGCUAGGGAACAAGAUAAGGGUUUUAGGCAUUUUCCUAAGUCAUGUGAGGUUAUGGCCUCUAUUCUUGUUAGAUAUGGGAUGUUUAGAGAGGUUCAGUUAUUGCUUUUGGCAAUGGAGAGACAAGGAAUUUCAAUGGAUAGUAGUGGGAUUUUUGUUAGUUUGAUUGAAGGGUAUGUUGGUGUUCGUGAUUUAGAAAGGGCUGUUUUAGUGUAUGAUCAAAUGAGGGAGGGAGAUUUAGUGCCUUCGUUGUCAUGUUAUCGUGUUCUUGUUGAUCUUUUGUUAAGAAUGAAGAGAACCCAGAUGGCAUUUCGAGUUUCUUUAGAUAUGGUAGAAUUGGGAGUUGAUGUCAGUGAAAGAGAGAAGGCUAGUUUUGAGAAUGUUGUCAGAUUACUUUAUAGGGAUGGAAUGAUUCAAGAAGCGAGGAAUUUUAUUAGGAAGGUAAUGGCCUUAGGUUUUGAGCCUAGCAGCUUGGUUCUUAAUGAGAUUGCUCGUGGGUAUUGUGAGAAGAAGGACUUUGAGGAUUCAGUAAGGUUUUUUGCUGAAAUGAAAUGUUCCCCAAAUGUGCCUACUGGCAAUAAGAUUUUAUUUAGUUUAUGUACUAGUUUUGGUGUAGAGAGAGCAAAUUUAUUCAGGCUCAAAUUGGAGCACUUGGGCUUUAUGCCUGAUGAAAUAACUUUCGGGAUCUUGAUUUGUUGGUGUUGUCGUGAAAGGAAAUUGAGGAAUGCCUUCAAUUAUUUAUCAGAGAUGUUAUCUCGAGGCCUAAAGCCUGAUAUGUGGUGUUAUCAUGCUCUUAUCAGUGCAUUGUUUAUGGAAGGCCUGUGGAAGCAUGGACGAGACGUUCUUGAUGAAAUGGUGGAUAUGGGAACAACCCCUGGUUUAGCAACUUUCAAAAUUCUUUUGGCAGGGUAUUGUAGGGCUAGACAAUUUGAUGAAGUAAAGGUGGUGGUUCGUGAGAUGGAGAACAGUGGUCUAAUUGAAUUAUCUGCACUUGAGGAUCCACUUUCGAAGGCAUUUAUGAUCUUGGAGCUCAAGACAUUAUCUGUUAGGCUGAAAAGGGACAAUGAUGUUGGGUUUUCUAAGACAGAAUUCUUUGAUGAUCUUGGUAAUGGACUUUAUUUGGAUGCAGACCUGGAUGAGUAUGACAAAAGAGUAACUGGGAUUCUUGAAGAUUCUUUGGUACCUGAUUUUGAUUUUCUUGUAAGGAAGGAAUGCAAUCAUGGAAAUUUUAAAGCUGCAUACUUGUUGACAGGUGAAAUGGCUCGAUGGGGUCAAGAACUGUCCCUCUCUGGUGUCUCUACAUUAUUAAAGGGGCUUUGUGUUUCUCAUUCCCAUAUCAAGUUAUGCAGCAGUCUUUUGGAGAAGAUGCCAAAGUUGGCUAGUCAACUAGACCAAGAAGUUCUCAGUUUGCUAGUCCAAGCAUACUGCAAGAUUGGAUUGACAUAUGAAGGGUGGUUAACUUUCAAUCAAAUGCUUCAGAGGAGUCUAACAAUUAACGGUGGAACAUAUACUGCUCUAAUUAAGGGACUAUGUAAGAAGAAAAAUUUGCAGAGCCUUCAUGAUUGCUGGGAUUUAGCUCGAAAUGGUAAAUGGUUACCAGGGUUGGUAGAUUGUAUUUCUCUGGUUGAAUGUCUGUGCCAUCGUGGAAUGCUGAAGGAGGUACUAGAGCUUUUGGAAAGGAUGCUGGUGUCAAAUCUUGAAUCAAGGUUAGAAGUCUUGCAUAUCUUCCUUGAAAAGCUUUCUUUUUCUGGCUUUUCAACCAUUGCUCACUUGUUGGUGGAAGAACUACUACAGCAUGGUUGUGUCUUGGAUCAAAUUGCAUAUAGCCAUCUUAUAAGAGGGUUAUGCAAGGAGCAAAAGUAUAAAGUUGCCUUUACGAUAUUAGACAUUAUGCUUGCUAGAAAAAUGGUCCCAUGCUUGGAUGUUUCUCUAAUUUUGAUUCCUCAGCUGUGUAAGGCUGAUAAACUUCGGAGAGCUAUUGAAUUAAUAGAAAUUGUUUCAAGAGAGCAAUCUACAUUCCACGCUGAUUUUAAUAAAAGAUUUUGUAUGACAGGAAAGGCUGGAGAAGCAGCCAAUAUUUUCCAGAAUAUGCUGUCCAAGGGGCUGCUUCCAGACACUGAUAUUUAUAAUAUGCUGUUUCAACGAUUUUGCCAAACCAAAAACUUUAAGAAAGCUAGGGAGUUACUUGGUGUUCUCAUAAGAAUAGGUGCAAGCCUCUCAAUCUCAAGUUAUCGCAGUCAUGUGCGCUUGAUGUGUUUGGAGGGUAAAGUGGAUUAUGCAUUGAGCCUGAAGGAGCUAAUGGUGCAAGAAAGCAAGUCUGAUAGCCUCGUCAUAUACAACAUUCUGGUUUUCUAUCUUCUCUCUGCUGGGCAAACUAUGGUUGUGAACAAGGUUUUGAAUGAAUUACAGGAGAAGGGGUUGCUAUUCAAUGAAGUUACUUAUAAUUUUCUUGUAUAUGGGUUUUGUAAGUGCAAAGAUAUCUCUACUUGUAUGCACUAUCUGUCUACAAUGAUUUCAAAGGAGCUUCGGCCAUGCUACCGCAGCUUAAGUACAGUAAUAACCUACCUGUGUGAUAUUGGAGAAGUUGGUAAAAUAUUGGAAUUGAGUCGAGAAAUUGAAUUGAGAGGGUGGGUUCUUGGCUCAAUUGCUCAAAAUGCAGUUAUUGAUGGCCUUCUUUUCCAAGAUAAGGUUCAAGCAGCAGAACAUUUUCUGGACCGAAUGGUAGAUAAAGGUCUAAUUCCUCGAAGUAUCAAUUAUGAUAAUUUAAUUAAGCGGUUUUGUUGCUUUGGAAGACUGAACAAGGCUAUUGACCUUAUAAACGUAAUGUUGAAGAAAGGAAAUAUCCCUAAUUCUACUAGUUAUGAUUCUGUUAUCCAUGGUUUCUGCACUAGAAAUCAACUGAACCAAGCAAUGGAUUUCCAUGCUGAGAUGUUAGAUAGGGAUCUUAAGCCAAGUGUCAACACAUGGGGGUUGCUUGUCCAACAGUUUUGCCAACAACGACAACCUGCAGAAGCAGAAAAGCUCCUUCUUUCAAUGGUUCAGGUUGGAGAAACUCCAACCAGGCUAAUGUACUCCUCUGUGAUUGAUAGUUAUCGCUCAGAAAACAGUCCAAGGAAGGCAUCAGAGCUAACGCAAAUGAUGCAACGCAGUGGUUAUGAGCCAGAUUUUGAUACGCAUUGGUCUCUUAUUAGCAAUUUAAGCAAUUUGAGUGAUAAGGAUCAUAAUAAAAGCAGUCAAGGUUUCCUGUCAAGCCUUCUAGGAAGUGGAUUCUCUUCCAAAAAGAACCUCGAUGCUAAACUGGGUUAA